CGUCCACACUGGACGCCCAAAGGGUGGGUAUAUAUAGAAUUGGGUCGACAUGCCCGGUUCAGUUAAACGAGCAGUAAAUUAAAGAAGCUCGAUGUAGAAAAUCAUUUGGGGAUUUGAUGAGUCGUUUUGGAGGGAAACCAGCCGCGUAGAGUUAUAAGUUCGCAUUUGAAUUGAGAAAGAGGAGUAGGCGGAGGAGAACAAGUUCGUGAGCCAAGGGUUUCAGAUCCGCGAUCGAUGAAGCAGUGUUUUAAAUGGCAUUAUGCUUGCUAGUUAAGGAGAUAAUAACUAGUAUGAGAUAGGGGAUUUCUCAUUUUUGUGGAAGGCAAGCUAUUGAAGUACCAAUCUACCAAUACUUUCAAGGCUGAACAGCAUGUUAGUGAAGUGGAUCGCUGUUAUCUAUACAAUAGAUUGAACUUUGGAACAGAUAGAGCAGGCCUCUGGCUUGGCAGACUUGUGUACAAUAAAAUAAGGCUGGAUCAAGUGGCUGUCGGAGCUUAAGCAGCACCCAUCAUGAUUAUAGUCGAUUUCAAAAAAUAUCCAUUGGGAUUAGUGUUGAUAAGUGCCCAACUGUAGUGUCUGAAGCAACAAAUGGAAAGAGGAUUGCUAUGCCUGAAUUCAAGGGAAGGUUUUCAUCACAGGAGAGCACUGCAAAAGCAAACAAGGGAUCUUGUUUUUUUGAGACAUCCAAGCCAGAUGGAAUUCUGACUAACAGUCAUUCGAAGGCUUCAAAAAAUUUAUGUACAAAAAUGUUUUAUGAGACCCCAACCAUGCUGGAAGGUAAAUUGUUUCCUGAGCAUAUUGAAGAGGUAGAUAUUGAAAAAGUAAUGCUCAAGAAUGUAGCGUUUGUUGUUCCCAAAGGAGUUGAGACAAAUGAAGCUGAAAAAUCAUCUGCUUGUUUCUUCAAAAAAUCUUUAUUCACUGAGAUACCCACUUCACAGGACAUUACUUCUUUUUCAAACCAAGCUUCAGCAUUCGAGUCAAAGAAUGCAGUGCAUAAGAAAAUUGCUUCCGGGAAGAGACUACAGAUGGGUGCAAAAACUGAAAGAAAAGAAGGAUUUACUUCCAUACAAGAAAUGCAAAUGCUACACGACAAAAUGGGUUGUGAACAACCAAAGGAAGUGGAUAAGUUCAACAAUGAAACACUGAGAAUGAAUUUGUGGGAGAUACUUGGUGAGAAUUCACAGCGCAAACAGAAUACGAACUUCUCAAAUCCUGAAGAUAGAAAGGAACCUGGCAACGAUCAAUUUGCUAUGCCUUCAAUGACUGAACAGAUUAUGAAAACACCAAAAUCUGUAGAGGAAGAGACACUUAAUAGAAAUCAAAGAGGGGAUUUGCUAGAAGAAAAAAUUGUUGCCAAACAGAACUCAGAUACUAUUGAUACUGAUUCAGAGAGUCCAAAUGGAGUUAUAAAAGAGCCGAUCACAUGUCAUUUAAAAGGAAAGAAAGCUCCAUUUAUAAUACCUCAGAAGUUAAGAGAGGGGACAAAGCGCAGGAAGAUGCUACCGUCCUCUUCCAACACAGCAUCUAAACUGAAGAUGGGAGAAAACAAUAUCUUUACUUUUGAUGAAGAGGGUGUGAAGGCAGUAUGUUUGAACCGACAUAUUAAUGGUUGCAACAGGAAAAGGAGCAAGAAGAAAAGGAAGACAUCUGAGCAUCAGAAAGUCCAGAUACCUAAGAAAAUGGUUUUGGCCAAGAAUUUGGAAUUCACGGAGAAAACAAUGUUACCUUCUGACAAAGUGGCACCAAAGAGAAAGACAACAGGGCCCUCUCCUCUACCAUUUCAUAAUGAAUCAUACAACUCCCAAACAUCAAACAAACAUGCAAAUGAGAAUCAUCACUUACAUUCUGAAGCAACUAAUACUUUGGUCACUCCACCUGUAAGAAACAAUGUAGAAUCUCAAGGACAUUCUGACUUACAUAAGUGCAAUAGGUAUUCAGGGGAUCAUGAUAAGAAUCAAGUGACAGUUCAUCUGCAAGAACGGAAUGAAUGCCCAUCUAUGGAGGAAUUUCCGAUGCCAUUUAGUAAUUUCCAGAGCCCAACUUUGAAAAUGGGCACAAGUCCAUCAAAAAGCAAACAAUUCAGUGAGGACAUUUGCACCCCUAUGGCAUCUCAGGGAACAAUUGCAUCGAGAACAUUUUCUAGAUCAAAUUCAGAUAAAUUGAAUUCAACUCCUUCAUUUUGGGAUAAAAGCAGAGAGAUUAACAAUUCAGAGAAUUUGCUGUUUCCACAUCAUGCAGAAAAAAGAAAAUCCCCAAGACAGACUUUUCUGACUUCAACCAGUAAACAUGACGCUAGAACCCUUGAAGCAAGUGAUUUUUCUAAAAAAGAAACUGAUGAACUUACUGGAGCAUAUAAUGUCCCGAACCAAUAUCCAGAGGGCAGCUUAGCUAGUGUUAUGUGCCACUUGGCAUUCGUUCUGAAGGAAUUCAAAUUCAAGUUAAGGUCACAAACUUCCAAAAAAAGAUCUGAGAUACUCUCAGCUACUGGAGAAAAAAUACAUUCACAGUUGGAACGUGCUCAAUCUCUUAUAGAAGAAGACCUAGGGAAGUUUCUCAACAUUGGCAAAUCAAAAAUGAAAUCCAUGGAGUCAAAAUUUGAUGAGCAAAAUGAGAGACUUAAGUUCAUUCAUAACACAUUUAAGGAAGAGGUUGGUCAACACCUCCUAGGCUGCAAGAAUACUCUCGAGGAAAUCAAAGCAUAUAAGGCAGAGCUAAAAGUUGGUUUGGAUCGGCAAAAGGCUGCACAUAGAAAAUUUCUACUGCAAGUCCAAGAAGAAAUAGAAUCUCAAUUACAUGGCGCGGAAACAAAAUUAGCUGCAAUCCACCAGGAAGCCAACAAACACAUGAACGGAUUAAGUCUCAUAGUGAAGGAGUGGAUGUCAGAGGUUUCAGUCAAUUGAACAUGCACACGAGAAGCAGAUAGAUGACAGGAACCCUUCUGCUAUUACUAAAUGCGCAGGGUUUGGUGAGGAAAUCUGAUUGCACCUGUCUUUUUUUUCAGAAGCUUUCGGAGUAGAUUUUUCAGAUUUUUCUUAUUAUGCAACUGUAGUAGAUUGUUUAUCCAUCCUAUAGUUGAAAUACAGUUUAGACGAACACAUUAGAUACAAAUCCCGACAGAUGCAGACACUACAACUCAUACAGGUAAAUAGGAUCAAAUGUGUUUAAUUCAUUAAUGAUGUGAGAUUAACUUUUCUUUAUAUUUGGCUUCCACUUUAGU